CUAGGAAAGACAGACUUUUCCUUUUAAGAACAAAAAGCACAUAUAGACACAAGGAUAAAUGACUGUCCCAUAAGUGUAUUCUCUGUUUCAAAUAGAAACGCAUGCGUUUUGAAUUAGCGUAAAGCGUGAUAUGCAGCAUUAAUACAAAAUUGAUUGGGAUUAUACUGCUGUAAACGUGCGGGGGUGUGGUAAUUACUAAUUAACCCAGCGGAUUUCGAUUGAGUCAAUAAUCAGGGGGCAAUUAUAAAAAAAAGAAAAAAAUAGGACGCUGCUUAAUUUUGAUCGUUUUAUUGGAUGUACGCAUAUAUUUCAUCCAAUAAAAAUUUGAAAAUGAUCUCAGCGAAUGUAUCAUAAGCCAGCCGUUGAUGCAAAUGCAAUUCCUGUCAAGCGGCGUUGGAUCCUUUAAUAUCGUAGCGGAAUUAUUUUUUUUGCAUGAAAUUGGCCGUUCGAAGUACUUCGGGUAGCGACCCCGAAUUGGACGGAACAGGCAGUGACCACGAUGGAUCGAGUGCAGUUCAGUUGCACUGAUCUCAUCUGGUACUAACUAGGACGGUUACGUCUGUGGUACCACAAUGAUAAUAGUACCACAGACGAUACAAAUAUUUGUCAAGCAGAUUAAAACAUGUCCUUGCAGUAAUCACAGGCAAAAAGCCGUCAACGAAGAGACUUCGGUGCCGAGCUCGUUGCGAAAACAGGUCAUUUGUUUAUGCUCGCAUCGUGACAACGUAAACAAUAAACAGCCAAUUGUGGGGAGUAAUAAUGACCAAACCCAGUUACCGUGGGUUAUUCCUUCGGCUUCAUUUUCAAGUACACCGCAUCUCUAAGCAAUGCUCGUUACAUAAUGUAGUUAAGUGAGCGCGAAUAUUGAUACAGGCAGGGCAGCAUGAACCUAAAGCGUCGCCAAUAUAGUUAAAAACUGUAUUCACCACGGGUUUUUUUUUACAAGUACUAUUAUCAGGUAGGAGCUCAGCACGCGUGUUCUUUCUUACUUACGCGCACGAGCACCGGAAAUCAAACUGAAACCGGUACAGAGAGCCCUUUACACGUGAAUGUCCAUAGCGAAGUCGUCCGUGUGAACGCCGUUGACGCAAGCGCCGUUAUGGUGUAUCGGAAAGCAACUACCGUUUCGGCGUCUCACAGCUUGUUCGCCUGAUUUGACGCUGACGUUCUCCGUUCAGACUCAUAACUAACUCCCCGAUGUCGCUUGCCUUUCCUGCGAUAGCGGUAGGACCACAGGGCAGAAAUGCUAGAUCGAUUUCGGUAGCGGUUGAUGGGACGCGAGAGAUCCAUAAUAUUACCAAUUUGUUACUCGUGGUGUACAGAAAGGACAGAGAUUUUUUUUAUGAGAUUAAAUUUGGGAAACUCACUAAUGUUUGAAGAAUGGUGUCAUUAAUGCGCAUUCAUAACAAAUAAAAAAAAUAAUCUAAGUUUAAGGGUGUUGAAAAAUCAUAUAGGGAUCUAUUUUUUUUUUGCUAUUGAUGCACUUGUUCAUGGUAUUAAAAACGUGACGCUAAGCUCAGUGUGGAUUAGGCGAUGUUUGUUUUCAUCAUCAGCUCAUUUUCGAUAUUCCAAAACAAACAUUGUGUCAGUAGAUGUUGUAUGUUAUCGACAGGGUGGGAUUCUUCGAUUUAGCACAAUUAGUAAACAAGUCUUCGGAAUUACUUGGUUUUAGAUAUAGCGUCAAGGACUUGGCUCCAUUAAGAGUCUAAAAAAGAAGAUGGUUUUGCUUUUUUUUUCUAACAGACCUAUGAAACGACAUGGCACCCAUACAAGUAGAUAUUAACCUUAAUAAUACCUUAUUUUUCCUUCAUUCCUUAUUUACCUCAGUAUUAUUAUAUGGUAAUAAUUUCUUGCUAAAUUCAAGAUUUGAAGCAUCGUGGCAAUGUGCUUGUUGGUUACGGCAAUCAUGGACACAUUUGCAGGGUAUGCCCAUUAGCCACCCGGAGCCAACCCCGACAACAUAGAUUCAGCGACUAUUCAACUAAUUCAUGCGUGGCAAUUCUCCCUAGCGAAUAUUAAAGACCUUUUUAGGUACAACAAAGUUUUCAGAUAAGUUACAACUAAUUUCCUAUUGAAUUUGUCGCAAAAAGUAAAACAGUUAUCCCGAAUCGCGAUUUUGUACUCCUCGUUAAGCAUAUCGCUAAGGAGGAGUUCUACGCACAUAAAAUUUAUAGCAAAACCACUUUACAGGCACUACUCAUAUAUAGUCCAUGUGGUUCAUUAGCGGGCCUCCUAUGCAGUAACAAUCAUUCAGAAAUUUCCAAAAAAUUCACUUGGCAAUUCGAGGAUCUUCAGUUUGUAUCUGACGAAGUAGCAGGAGAGAAGAGCGUCAGAAUGAAAGUAAAAAAAACAAAAAAUAUAGUAAAGAACCUCAAGCUUUCAGGAAAGCUUCUUUUAAACUGUCGGGUGACUUUUGCUGUACUCUGUGUACACACAUGUUUUUUGUUGUAGACUAAGUAGGCUGUUAAAGUUUUUUCAGGCUGUAUCUAGUUCCACUUCGGUAGCUAUCCACCUAUAAGCGUUCGCAUACGAGAAUACUCGGAUUUGAAUCUUGAACUUCUAGUAAACGCUGAAGAGAGUGCUUUGUAGUAUCUGGUACCACAAAGUUCCCGGAGAAGCCUUUUAUUCAGAUGCUAGCAUCCAGAUACGAUAGGUUAAAAUAGGCGUAAUGUCUGAUUACCUUUUAUCGAUAACAAACCCUAAUAGAGUCUCACGAGACGUCUCACAUUUUGACAGUAAACAAUUUUUGUAAUAGUUAAAUGUACUUACUUGCAAAAUAAAUAGCACAAUAGUCUAAUUCAAGUGGGCAUUAGUCACUCGAAUACCUAUAAGCUUUAUUGACUCAGUGGUAAAAUUUUCAGACUGAUGACAAAAUCGUGCGGUCGGUACUUGUCCGCUAUACUGGCUUGCCUUGCGUCGCUGCAGGUACUUGAAAUGGUACCACUGGCUAGAGCUCAUGAUGGUGGAAUCCUCGCAACCCUCACGCAAACUAUACAUCACCUAUUCGAAAGGCCCGUGAUCAACAUUGGCGUUCAACCACUGAGCCACGGUCAUGGAAUUAAGCUUGGGAUGGACGCUGUUAUCAAGACCAGAAGACACCCAAAGAAGACAACCCAUCACCACCAUCAUCACUACGAUGAAGAAGAAGAGGUCGUUGAGGAGCAUGUUGUAGAUCAUCACCGUACUGGCGAAGCGAAGCAAUCGAGUAGGCCGCGACCGCGCAUUUCGUUUGAGAUCGGACGGCCCCGAGCGUUAUCCAGCGGUGGACUUAAGGUAAUCGAUGCGCCUAAGAUCAAUAAGCGUAAGAAGAUUGUACCCAAAGACUACGACGAGUUGGAGAUUGAGGAAAAGCGCACCUAUCGCAAGAAACCUGUAGGAGAAUACGUAAAAGCCGCAAGUUCCGGGAAGUAUAAGAGCUAUGCUAAGGAAAACGCAGACCCAUAUAUUCGCUCAACGGGUUCCUACUCGUACAAUGCCAAAACCGUCACUAAAGACAACCGUAUUGGAGACCCGUCUGAAGAUGAACAUGUUGCCCUAGGAUCUGGACCAAUCGCCGAUUACGAGCGACGCAGUUUCCAUUCCGCCGGAAGUAUGGCCCACGAUGAAGAGGAAUAGCUUAAAGAGCAACAUUCAGACCCGCAAAUAAUCAGCAUAUUGUUAUUAAUCCCGUAGGGUUCCAACAACGAACAAUAAAUAAAAUAUUCUAUGAUCACAAGUAUCCAAAAUGGCAGAAUUCGGCAAAGACAGAUUCGGUUGAAGACUCUUAUGCCAUAAGGAAACAUUCAGUGCAAACCCUUAUCCCUAUAGGAAUUCAUAUCUAAUCGAAUUAAACAUGUCAAAUUGGCUUAACUAGAAGUCUAAGUGAGGAGACACAUUUAAAUAAAUUUUCAAAACACGAUUAGGCGGAACGAAAAGUAGAUAACUAAAUCACGUGUUACAGGAAGAAAUAUAAACAAUGAAAUGUUGUUUACCAUAAGUGAAUGGAUAAAAAACCAACAUUAGAGUCUUUGUUCCUAAUCUAAAACAAAAUCUAGUUGACCAUAACUACAUUGGUAAAAACAUUCAUAGACUAUCGCAGACAAGUGUACUGAAUACAUAGCUUACUGAAUGUAUGAUAGAAUUUAUUGCCAACGAUCAAGCAACGUUGACCGAUCAUGACCAACUAGAAUGAUGUUAGUGGUUUAAGAUAACAAAUGGCGUAAAAGUACGCCGAACUAGUCCUUAUAGAAUGUAAAAUAAUGUCAUUUUGUCCGUUGACAAGCUAGUAGCCGAAGUUAUGAAAAUUCGACCUAUGUACGAACUCGUACUUUUUCGUCAUAGGAAACGCAAGAGCUCAAAACAGCCAAAAACGCGCGAAGACGACCUAAUUAAUAUCUCCCAUUUUAAUUUAAAUUUAAGUUAAAUUCUAUAUCAGUACCCCAGAUGCAUCAAAAAUCGCUUUUUGAACCAUUUUGAUUAAUUUUCAAACCUUGUAUAUUUAUUUCUAAUUUCCAGUGUACCUCAUAAAAAACAAUUUCGGGAACUCAUUCAGCGCGAAGAAAUUGUAUAAUCUAAUUUAGGCUAAUGCUAACCUUAAAUCAGAUUCCGAAAACUACGCACUGUUGUUCGCUAUGAUGGCAAGUUUGUUGCCUUCGUCUGGUGUUAAAAAUAGCAGAUAGAUGCUAAAUUUUUUUGCGCUAAAACUUUUCCAAUUUGAAUACACCAUCCUGUACAUCAUGACCGGACAACUCUCAACGAAACAAUUAUUUAAACCAGAAUAAGGCUAAGAUUUAGGGGAAAUCGGAAACUGUUUCAUUACACACCAAAUCUGAUUUUGAUGUAGGCAGAAUUUCGAAUUAAAACAAAAUGACACAAAUUCAACAUAUGAUACAAUACAAUCAGGUGAGUCAAAUGGAUACUGCGAAAACUACGAACUGCUAUUUUCGAGGAAAUAAAACACGGGAUAUUGACUCGAAAACGGCUUGGCGUUGUGAAGGACCACGCUCAAUGGGUCCUGAUGUAAAAAUUGUAUAUAGAUCGACUUUAUCCGAGACGUGCUCAUUGAAAGGUUCUGUAGAACAUCCGCUACAAGGACUGUCCUACUACUCUGAGUGUUCUUGCUGCUAAGCUUAUAUGUUAUCACAGACUGUUAUCUAAGUGUGUUGACUCUGUUUGAUGUCAA